AAACAGACAAGAGCACCUCAACCCUGUGAAUCACAAAAAGUCUAACAACAAAAAAAGCCCUCAGCAACAAAAAAAAAGUCAUGCCGCUCUUCCAUCCCGUCGAUAUGACGAAAAGUCUGAUCUAUCGCGCCACGGAAAUGAUGCCUGGCAUCGGAUUGCUCAAGCAGCAGCAAAAGCCUCAGCAGCAGCAGCAGCAGCAAGAGCAACAACAACAGGAAGAACAGCAGCGGCAGCAGCAGCACCAACAACGUCAGCAGCAGCACCGCUCGGAAACGCAUGAAUCUGAGCAGCGCCGCGCCAUCCCGACGCAAAUGGAAGGUGCGCACUUGGUUUCGCACGGCAAGGUCUCGCUCACGCCAAAGACGCUUCUCCGUACCAUCAUGCACCCUGUCGAAGCCCUGUCCGACAUCAAGGAGACCAUUGCGGAUGGGGCAAUGUACCUCCAAGAAGAGUACGAGCAGGCCGUCGCCUUGGACUCUGAGAGCUUUGAUGAGGAGGAUGCCGCCCAAUCAUCUCGCCCCGAUACCAAAGACGCCGCGGAGGAUUCUCACGUUCAGCAAUGGGACGGGCAUCGCAUGAGCCAAAAGCAGUGGCAAAAGCGCCGCCAGCAGGAGGUCGAGCACGAAAAGGCGCUGCCAACUGCGUUCAUGGUCGAAAAGAAGAACGCCGAUGAGCUCUCCGAGUCCUUCCCCGACAAGCUCCAGGCCAAGAUUGACGAGACCAAGACGCGUCGCAAGGCCCGGAAGCUGCAAAAGCAAAAGGACAAGAUGCAGGCGGCGCACAACAAGUCUGAGCGGGCGAGCCAGUCGCGCAGUCCUACCGUCGACCAGCAGCAGCAGCAGCAGCAACACCACCACCACGAGGCUUCUUCCCGCCAUAGGACUCGCAAGCAUUCCCAUUCCACCCAAGCUCAUCACACGGAGGACGAACAGCAUGAUGCACACGCGGAGCAGGGCAUCCAAGAGGGCCAGGGUGUCGAAACACCGACCAUCACAACCGAGACCCACGACAAGCAUGUGGACGUGCUCAAGGCACCCGCCGAGCAGAACGAGGCCGCCGAGGAGUCAGAGACGGUGACUGCCCAGGUCAAAAAGCUCGAAACUGAAGUCAAGGAAGCCUCCAUCAUGUUCAACCGAGCCAAGGAGAUGGAAAGCUUCUCGACCAAGGUUGCCGAGACCCACGACCGUUUGCGACUCCAGGCGCAGCAGCUGGCUCAGGAGGCAGACGAGCACUACAAUCUCGCCCAAGCGACCUGGCCAGCCAAGGAAUUGGAGCGUGACGCGGCCAUCCAGAACGAGUGGCAGGCCGAGCACGAGCGAGCCAGCUUCCACGAGCAGGCGGUCAAGUUUGAGAACGAGCGAGCGGCCGCCAAGGCUGAGGCGCUCCUGCACAAGAAAAAGUUUGAGCAUGCGACUCAACUCGAGAAGCGCCACAAGCAAGGCUACGAGAACGCGCUCGCCCAAGCCCAACUCGCGCGCAUCGAGCAGCAACAAACGGAGGUGACGGUCGAGCGCACCCUUCUCCAGCUUCAGAAGCUCAAGUUCCAGCAUCAGGAUCUGUCCAUUGACUUUGGCUCCAAGACGUUCAAAGUGGAAGUGCCCAUCGAGCGCAUCCAGGCAGCAUCCAUGGCGUCCAUCAAGGUUCGCGACGUUGCCGUUGCUUCGGACAAGGUGGUAGAGAAGCCCCGGCCCAUCAAGCCCGUCGAGGUCGAGGCCACAACAUCCAUUCACAAGGUGACUUUGCACCACGAGUCUGCAAGCGAGAAGCGCGCUGCUCUGGCCGAGGCCCGGCGCAAAGAGUCCUCGCAACAGCGAGAGGAGCUUGUGCAGCAGUCUUCCAAGUCCGAGGCCACUUCUUCUGUCAAGUCUAAGGAGAGCGAGCACGUCCAGCAAGACAAGCGUCAGUCGCGCGAAAAGAAGUCUGUUGAUCAACACCACACCGCUGCCUCCACUUCCGGUCAUCCGUCAUACUCGGAUGUUGUCAAGCACGACGAGGCGCCCGAGCAUCACGACAAGCAGCAAAGCCAGAAGCUUGACGAAACCAAGCCCAAGGAAGUGACGCGCAGCACGCCUGAUACCAAGAAGGCCGACACGUCCAGCAAGCCAGCCAACAAGGCCGACAAAGAUGUCAAGUCUAGCAAGGUCGACAAGUCCACCACAGAUGUCAAGUCCAACAAAGACGUGAAAUCCAACAAAGACGCCAAGUCCAGCAAAGACGCCAAGAGCGAGCAGAUCGAUGACGCUCCCGAGAUGACCCGCGAGACCACGAAGAGCGAGCCGAAGAAGCAAGAUGUCGUGCAAGAGGAGCAACCAAAGCAGCAGCCUGCGCCCUCCCGAGUUGUGCAAGAAGACCACGGAUCGUUUGUGCGUGCCGAGAUUGGUGACGUGCCCGAGUACCGCGACACUGGUAGCGUGCAGCUCGACGAGAAACAAGCGAUUCAGCUGAACGAGCAAAUGGCCGAAAAGCGCUCGCAGAUUGAGGGCGAGAAGGAACACAGACGUCACAACCAGCGACUGCAGAAGGAGGAGCGCGAGGAGAGCAAGCGGGCUGCCAUGAAGCACAAGCAAGAUGUCAAGCACAUUGUCAUGGAUGAGGAUGAUGCGAGCGGCGCCAGUGACUCUUUUGCUGCCAUGAGUGUCCCACCCCCGUCGAUGGACACUGCCCGAGACGAGUUGCCGGAUUCUUCAAGCAAGCGUCAGGCCGACACCCAUCCAAAGGAGGACCUCAACAAGAACCUCGAGUCGCGCAAGUCGAAGGCAGACCAGCCCACCGAAGUGCACGAGAUGCCCGUCAAGAAGGAACGUGAGCCGCAGCGCCUUGCUCGCAUUCGUGCUGAAACGCUGAGGCAACACGAGCUUGCCCUGCUCCACAAGGCCGAGGAAGAAGAGGCCAGCAGGCGUGCCUCCAUGAAGACCCUGCCAGACCCCGCGACGGAUGCUGCCGAGAUCGCCAAGGAAGAGCACAUUGAGGAGACGCGGAUGAACCUCGAGCCGCGCAAACAAAAGACCGAGCCAGAUUACAAGCAUCCCCGAUCACAGCCUACGACAAACCCCGCAACACGCUACGAACUCGUCCUCCAGACGUCAAGUUCGCACGGCAAACCACGAGGCCCGCCGGCACACCUCCCUGCCGAUCAGCUUGGCGUCCGCGAGCAGGCGAUCGAGCAGGCGCAAGUGUCUGGCCCUGCCAUUGACACGGUCGACCGUCCGUUCGAAACUGGCGCGGAGCUGCAUCAGCGAGAGUCGCACGACGAGCGUCCAGUCGUUGAGAAGGCCAAGGAACUCGGGCACUCGAAUGUGGUUCAAGACACGCCUCAGCAAGGCAAGCAUGCAGUGGUUGAGGAAUUGCCCUUCCCCCAAGAGCUGCUGAAGGCUACAAACAAGAGCGCACGUUCCCAGUAG